AUGGAUGCAACAACUAAACCCACUACGACACAAGUACCCGAGCCUUCACCCAAACCGAAGUCUCACCAUGACUACACGGUAGGGUGGGUUUGCGCACUGCCGAAGGAACAAACAGCAGCGUUCGCAAUGCUCGAUAAACAACACCCAGAUCUUCCCAUACCGCUGACGGAUAAAAAUUCAUACAUUCUCGGCGAGAUACGUGGCCAUAAUGUUGUUAUAGCAUGUUUACCCUCCGGCCAAAUCGGUAAUAAUCCUGCCGUGGCUGUUGCGACUCGAAUGAUCAGUACAUUCCAGUCGAUCCGAUUUGGGCUCAUGGUCGGUAUCGGUGGCGGGGCGCCAUCCAAAGUACGGCUUGGGGAUGUUGUUGUUAGCACACCAUUCGGUCGGCACCCCGGAGUCGUACAAUGGGAUUUCGGCAAGAUGGAAAAGGGGUUUCGACGAACGGGCGCACUAAAUCCCCCGCCGACUCUUCUAUUAACAGCGAUAUCAAAAUUAAGGACGAUCGUAGAAGCAAAAGGGACGCAAAUACCUACUUAUAUGGAGGAACUAAGAAACAACCACCCACGGCUUGCCCCCAAAUAUGCGUGGAACGGGUCGCUAAAGGAUCCCUAUCUGGAUGAAACCCAGGAAGCGACAUUGUUCGCACAGUUAUGGGAAAUAAUUCUUUUUCUCAUUAGUUUUAUAUUUGGUCGCUCCUUGGUCGCUCCAACGAAUGGCCCGAAACCACAAUCCAAAGACAGAGCAUCGACAUGCACGGAGCCUGAAAUAAAACAGGAGGAGCCUUGCAUUCAUUAUGGGUUGAUUGCUUCCGGUAAUCAGGUAAUCAAAAACGCAAAAUUUCGCGAUAGCAUCAGCGGGAGCCUUGGUGGUAAUGUUUUGUGUUUCGAGAUGGAAGCAGCAGGGCUGAUGGCGGACUUCCCAUGUAUUGUCAUCAGGGGCAUCUGCGACUACGCAGACACAAAAAAGGCGAAGGAUUGGCAGGAGUAUGCGGCUGCGAUGGCUGCGGCAUACGCAAAGGAGCCUUUAAGCUAUGUACAAUCUGUUGAAGUUCAAAGAGAAAAGCCGGCUAGGGACAUCAUGGAUCAAGUUCUUGAUUAUACUACGGCCAUAAAGUCUAGACUAGACCGAGACGAAGAUCUCAAGGUCCUUGCUUGGCUUACGAAGGUGGAUUAUGGCCCCCGUCAAAGUGACAUUUUCCAAAACCGACAACCAAAUACAGGAAUAUGGUUCUUAAAUUCUCCAGAGUACCAAUCGUGGUUAUCAAGUCAAGAGAAGCAAAUCUUAUUCUGCCCCGGUAUUCCCGGGGCGGGCAAAACGUUUAUAACAUCUAUUGUGGUUAACCACCUGACCAAUUGGUUUUCAGACGAUGAAACUAUUGGUACUGCGUAUAUUUAUUGCAACUUCAAAGAAGCCCUUGAGCAGAACUUUGAUCACUUACUAUCUAGUCUGCUGAAACAGCUCACACAAACAAGGCCUUCUUUGCCUGAAGUUGUGAGAAAACUAUAUAAACAGCACCUAGAUAAAAAAACGAGGCCAUUGAAUGACGAAAUAGUCAAAGCCCUCCAUUCCGUAGCGGCUACGUACUCAAGGGUAUUCAUCAUCAUUGAUGCUCUUGACGAAUGUCGAGAAGACGAUGAUUGUCGAACUAACUUCAUCUCCGAACUUUUAAAGCUUCAUGACAGAAUUAAUGGUGUCAACCUUUUUAUAACUUCCAGGCCGAUUCCAGAAAUUGAAAAAGAAUUUUGGGGCAAUCCGACAAGAUCAAUCCGUGCCUAUGACGAAGAUGUACGGAAGUAUCUUAUUGAAAAAGUGUCACGUUCGAAAAACACAAAGGUAAAGGAAUGUGAGGAGCUAGUGGUUAACGGGAUUUUAGAAGCGGUGGACGGAAUGUUUCUGCUAGCAGAACUGUAUUUCGAGUCAGUCCGUACGAAAACCUCGAAGAAAAAAAUAAGAAUUGCCCUGGAUACUUUCGGUAAACAAUCUGGGUUUAGCACCGACGCCUACAAGCGAGCGUACGAGGGAGCUAUGGAGCGUAUUAAAUCCCAUAACAAAGACUCCGAAGAACUAGCGAAGCAGGUCCUUAUGUGGGUAGUAUAUGCUACGAGACCGCUCACGGUAUCCGAGCUCCAGUGCGCCCUUGCUGUGGAGAUAGGUACGCAUGCCUUCGACGAAGAGAAUAUUCCGGACAUCAACCGUAUGAUAUCUGUCUGCGCCGGACUUGUCAUUAUGGAAGAGAACAGCAAAAUUAUGAGACUAGUUCACUAUACGGCGCAAGAAUACUUUGAAGAUCACCCGCAGGCUUUAUCUUUAAACUGUCAUAACGAUAUCUUAGAAGUUUGUGCAACUUACCUCUCCUACGACAUAUUUGAGACAGGGCCCUGUGAGUCUGUGAUACUCUUCUUCGCUAUGCUAAAAUUAAACGCUUUAUACGAAUACGCUUCACACGAUUGGGUUCACCAUGCCUAUAAAUCCUCCGUUCGAGCAACGCCCCUCGUCAUGGGCCUCCUCCAGAAUCAAAAAAAAUUAGAGGCUUGUAACCAAAUCCAUACACUCAAUGAUGACAGGUGGAAUAAAGAUAAAAAGAGAUACGAUAAAGAUAAGGUGAUGACAGGGUUGUGCUUUGCAGCCUGUUUCGGUCUCGAAGGGCCUGUGGCAGCUUUCCUCUCGGCGGGGGCUGACACGGAGACUUGGGAGCAUAGAAGUGGAGCUACUCCUUUAUCGGGGGCAGUAAUCUGUGGACAUGGGACGGUGGUGAAAUUGUUGUUAGAAAAUGGAGCGAAUAUCGAGGCAAAAGGCUAUUCCAAUCAUACUCCGCUACAUUUAGCGGUUAUACACAAACAUGAGGCGAUCGUGGGCCUAUUAUUAAACAGCGGCGCCGAUAUAGAAGCAAGAGAUAUUUUUGAUCACACGCCACUAGCAUUGGCAGCUAUUCAUGGGAAUAAAUCGAUAGCGAGCCUCUUAAUAGAAAAGGGCGCAGAUAUAGAAGCGAAGGGCGAUGACGGAUGUACACUGCUGCUUUUUGCGGCAAUGAACGGAAGAGCCGAAAUAGUGGAGCUUUUACUUCACAAUGGUGCCAAUAGUGCAGCGAAGAACAACCUUGGACACGGUCUGCUAUCGGUAGCAGCCAUAUGGAGGCAUGCGGCUGUGGUUAAGCUGUUACUCAAUUACGGUGCUGAUAUCGAGGCUAAUGACGGGGGGUUACUCCGUUAUUAA